AUGGCUGACGCACCAAGAGGCGGAGCUGCGGCUCGUGGCGGUGGAUUCGGAUCCCGUGGUGACCGUGGAGGAGACCGAGGCCGUGGACGUGGAAGACGUGGACCUCGUCGCGGAGCAAACAAGAACGAGGAGAAGGAGUGGCAGCCUGUCACCAAGCUUGGUCGUCUCGUGAAGGAUGGCAAGAUCAAGUCAAUGGAGGAGAUCUACUUACAUUCCCUGCCAAUCAAGGAGUACCAAAUCGUUGAUUUCUUCUUGCCCAAGUUGAAGGACGAGGUUAUGAAGAUCAAGCCUGUCCAGAAGCAAACUCGUGCCGGUCAACGUACCCGAUUCAAGGCCAUCGUUGUCAUUGGUGACUCUGAGGGACACGUCGGACUUGGUAUCAAGACCUCCAAGGAAGUUGCAACUGCCAUCCGUGCUGCUAUCAUCAUCGCCAAGUUGAGCGUUCUGCCAAUCCGAAGAGGUUACUGGGGUACCAACUUGGGUCUUCCUCACUCCCUGCCAACCAAGGAGAGCGGCAAGUGUGGUUCCGUCUCUGUCAGACUUAUCCCUGCUCCCCGUGGUACUGGUCUCGUUGCCUCCCCAGCUGUCAAGCGUCUUCUCCAACUUGCUGGUGUUGACGAUGUCUACACAUCAUCUUCCGGCUCAACCAAGACCCUCGAGAACACUCUCAAGGCUACCUUCGUCGCUGUCGGCAACACAUACGGAUACCUGACCCCCAACUUGUGGAAGGAGACCAAGCUCGUCAGAAGUCCUCUGGAGGAAUUUGGUGAUGUUCUGCGUGCCGGAAAGCGAUACUAG